AUGUCAUUUUUCGAAGUAGGGAAAAAAGAACCAACUUCUGUUUCUCCUUCAUCAUCAGCUACAGGUGAGGAAAGUAAAGAUAAUUUAACCGAACAGUCUAAUUCAAUUGAACGUUGUCCUAAACCGGAUGAGUCUGAUAGACUUAUAGUCACUAAUUUAAAAUGGCCAUCUAUUUGGAACCAAGAAAUGUGGGAGCGAAAAAAACAAGCUUUUCCUUGGAUUGAUUGUAGGGAAGGAAAACUUGGAUGUAGUGUUUGUAAACACGUGUCGCACUUGGGUGCUAAUAAGACAGAGCGCUCCAGCAUUGCAAAAGAAUGGUGUUCUUACCAAGUUACUUCUAAUGGUAAAACUAAGGCUGCUCAACUCAGAUCGCUGAGAAAAAAAAUGUUCAUCCACAAAACAACCUCUAGUCAUAAGGCAGCCAAAAAGAUUAUUGAAGUAAGCAAAUCCCAAACUAUUGAAAAAGUCACAGAUGUCAUGAAUGUUUCGCACCUCGAAACAACAAAAGUUAUUUUCAGAACUGCUUACUAUCUAGCCAAGAGCAAUAGGCCUUACUCAGACUUCUUUGACCUGUUAGAAUUGCAAAGAAUGAACAAUGUUGAUGUUGGAAUCGGGCUACAUUCUAGAAAUACUGCUGUAGAAAUAAUUGAUCACGUUUCAAGUGAAAUGAAAUCAAAAAUUAUCAAGUCAAUUUUAAACAUUUCGGGUAAAAUAUCAGUUAUUAUAGAUGAGUCAACAGCUGUAGGCUCAAAAUCUAAUCUAAUAGUGUAUUUAAAAUGUGAAUUCAGCAAAGAGCAGAAUCCUCAUUUUUUGUUCUUAGAGUUGAUUGAACUGAGCAGUCAAACAUCUCAGGUAAUUGUUGAAAGUUUGCUAAGCUGUUUGAAAAUAAGCGGAUUUGAUGAUGAUUACUUGAAAGAAAAUUUUGUUUCAUUUGCAAGUGACGGUGCCAGCGUCAUGUUGGGUAAAAAAUCAGGUGUAGCUGAAAGAUUGCUUGAGAUGUACCCAGAUAUUAUUGUUUGGCAUUGCAUGAAUCAUAGACUAGAGCUAGCCUUAAGUGAUGCAGUUGAUGAAGUUGGGGCCGUAAAUCAUUUUCAAAUAUUUAUGGAUAAAAUAUACUCCACUUACAGUAAGUCACCGAAAAACCAACGUGAACUCUCCGAGUGUGCCUCAAAGCUGGAACAACAACUCCAAAAAAUUGGAAAAGUUUUAGGGACUCGAUGGGUUGCAAGUUCCUAUCGUGCAGUUUCGGCUGUGUGGUAUGGUUACUCUGCCAUUUACAACCACUUUGAAAAGGCGAAGACAGACAAGAACAGAAGUUCUACUGAAAGAUCUAUGUACUGUGGCCUAUCAAGGCAAUUAUCAUCAUUACAGUUUCUGUUAAAUUUAGCCAUUAUGUAUGACAUUUUGGCUGAACUUUCGAUGCUUUCAGAGGCUUUGCAAAACAGAGAAACUACUGUUGUUUAUGCUGAUAAAUUGAUCAGAAGAAGCAUUAGAUUUUUUGAAACUCUGAAAGAAACGCCUGGAACCAAGAGCCUUGAGGCUUACAUUGCUGAGAAGGACGGUAAUUUCAACAAUGUCCCCAUUACAAACAAUCCAAAAAUUGCGACCAUCAAUCACAAACAAGUGAUAACAAGUGUAAUAAACAAUUUAACUAGAAGAAUGUUUACUACUAAAUCCAGUCAUGAGUCAAAAUCAAGCGCCUCUUCAAACUGUAAGCAACAAUACGAUUCUCUUCUAUCUGAUUUAAAAGUACUGGAAACUGAUCAGUACCCAACUGACAAAUCAGUACGAUAUGGGGAAGAACAAAUUCAAAAUCUCUGCAAAAGGUUUAAGCUUAACAAAGCGAAAAUAACAAACUGCUUUCGAGAUUAUAUCGAAGCCAAUUCACCUUCUAGAAUACCAAAAGAUCUCAUCCCGUUGUUGAACUGCACUAAACUGAUUCCAUGUAGUUCGUCAGAAUGUGAACGAGGUUUUAGUCUCAUGAACCAGAUAAUGACUGAUUUGCGAACUAGACUCUUAACCAGACAUGUUUCAAGCCUUAUGUUUAUAAAACAACAUGGACCAAGUAUAACCGAGUGGAAUGUGGAGCCCUAUGUGAACACCUGGUUGAGGAGACACCGCACAGCAGACGACACUAGGACACGCACGGCAAAACCUUAUCCGGAAGAAGAAAAUCCAUUUGUUCAGUUUUUGUAA